AGUUCCAUAUUUAUGCAGAAGCAGCUCCAACCUCCAAUCAAUCAGUCUGCUGGUGACAUUAAUUUGAUUCGCGUCGUCAUCGAUUAGCAUUCAAAGAUUAGAAUAAUCAAUUUUUGUUUGUUUACGCUUACCAUUUUUACACAAAAGUUAUUUUUUGGAGAAAAAAGUGCAGUGCCGUUCAAUAGAAUCAAGUUUCCAGAUUUUUUGCUGGAUGAGUCAAUCUUCUUGACCCCGGGAACAGCGUCAGGAGACAAAACGGACAAAACAACAAAAGCCAACAAAGGAAAUUUCGGUGCCCAAAUCAAAAUCGGUCACUUCAAGACGGGCGAUAUAUUUGAGUCUUCAGCAUACGUCUGACCAGUCGUUGUGAUUGAAAGGAAUGCCGAGACUGUACGAUGAGGAUGAAGCGCGAAGACCCAUCCUUCAGCAGGAUACGGACAGCGAGGAACCGACGGCGGGAUCGAGAAUUCUGCGCCAAAGCGAUGACGACGAGCUGAGCCAGGGAAGGUCUGGUUGCGGUACCAGCGCUUGUUGCAACCCCAGUUCCGCUUUGCACCGGUUUAUGGCGCUGAUCUUGAUGUGUCUGGUAGGAUUCGGAUCGUACUUUUGCUAUGAUAACCCGGGCGCACUGCAGGACAAGUUCAAGUCCGACCUGGAUCUCACGACGUCACAGUUUGUGUGGCUUUACUCAAUCUACUCGUGGCCAAAUGUCAUUCUCUGCUUUAUCGGAGGUUUUCUCAUUGACCGGGUAUUCGGAAUUCGGUUAGGAACCAUAAUCUAUAUGUUCAUACUGCUGAUCGGCCAACUUAUCUUUGCCACUGGUGGAAUGAUAAACCAAUUUUGGCUGAUGAUUCUGGGACGAUUUCUUUUUGGAAUUGGCGCCGAAUCGUUGGCCGUCGCACAGAACAACUACGCGGUAUUAUGGUUCAAAGGAAAGGAACUGAACAUGGUCUUUGGGUUGCAGUUAUCAUUCGCUCGUGUCGGUAGCACCGUGAACUUUCUCGUCAUGGUGCCGGUUUACAAUUACGUUCGAAGCAUUGGCUAUGAAGGUCAUCAAUGUAUGGGCGUUGUCCUUCUGAUAGCAACUCUUACCUGUGUCAUGUCGAUGCUGUGUGCACUGGUCCUGGGAUGGAUGGACAAGCGAGCCGCUAAGAUAUUGCGACGCAACGAUAACCCACCGAAUGGAGAAGUGGCCAAACUAUCCGACAUUAGUACUUUCAAGAUCACAUUCUGGAUGGUGACAAUCAUCUGCGUUGCGUACUACGUGGCCAUAUUCCCAUUCAUCGCGUUGGGAAAAGUAUUUUUCAUGCGCAAGUUUGGUUUCUCCCCUGAGGAUGCCAAUACCGUCAACUCGAUCGUUUACAUUGUGGCCGGCGUUGCGAGCCCGAUCUUCGGAUUGAUUGUCGACCGGACCGGACGGAAUGUGCUUUGGGUGUUUCUGUCCAUUGUAGUCACCAUGUUUGCGCAUGGUCUGCUGGCGUUCACUUUUUAUAAUCCUUAUAUUGCAAUGGUUACGAUGGGAAUGGCAUAUUCAAUGUUGGCCAGUAGUCUGUGGCCUCUGGUGGCGCUGAUUGUCCCAGAAUACCAGCUGGGAACGGCAUAUGGAAUUUGCCAAUCGGUGCAAAAUUUAGGAUUAGCAGUUAUUUCAAUGUUCUCGGGUUUGAUCGUCGACCAAGGUGGCUACUUCAUGCUGGAAAUAUUUUUCAUUGGUUGGUUGGUUGUUUCCCUGAUAGCAACCAUCGUCAUUUGGUUGUACAAUUCCAGCAACAAUGGAGUGCUUAACAUGUCGCCAGCAGAGCGUGAUUUGCUAGCCAGCAAAACUCUUAUCGAGGACGCCAACAGCACACUAGCAGGAGUGCAACCGGUUAGUUCGGAGGGUUCGCUUAAUGCCGAUCUGCAGCCGGAAGAGCAGCCAACCGUGGAACCGGAAUCGAUUCGUAAUCGGUUUGUAAGUCGCGUGCUGGACGGGCCCGGUCAUAGCGAUUCGGAACCACUGAUACAGUAGGACUUGGUAGGCAGAGUAUUCUUGUAGUGUUCAGUCGUUCAGUGGCAGAGAAAACAAGUAAUUUACUUCCGUUAUAAUCUUUUUUUAGGAUUAGACAAAAUUUUGUGUUUAUUGUUUAUGUGAUCUAUUUUCGUCUGCAUGUAUUUUUGUGAAACUUGCAUCAGAGCACAAGUUACGUAGGAACAGAUAGGAAUAGUAAUCAAAUAUUGCAAGUAAUAGAAUAUUUAGGUAUGAGAAGUUAAUCAAUUGAUAACAUCGCAUCGUGUCAGAAAGUAUUCCAGGAAGUGAUUAUAUUAGGUACGAAGAAUUCAAAUUCAUGAAAGUGUAUUUUUAUAAAUGGUGAUUAUUUUACUAGUUUAAUUGUUAAACAAACACAAAGACUUCACAUACAAAUUAAAGAAUUUAUAAAGUGUG